GCUCCGGCGCACAAUCCUGCGGGGAAAGGGGGUGGGGCGAAGGCUGUGGAGGCAGCGCGCCCGCCGGCAGCCUCCUUGUGAGCCCUCGGUCUCUCGCGGUGGCGGCGGUGCUCCCCUCGGUGUCUCCCAGCACCCCAGCUGCCUCCUAGCGGCGUGGCGCCCGCUCCUAAGCUUAAAAUGACGAACGUGUGAUUUCAGUGGAAUAAAUGGCGUCCAAAGUCACUGAUGCUAUAGUCUGGUAUCAAAAAAAAAUUGGAGCAUAUGAUCAACAAAUAUGGGAAAAAUCUGUUGAACAAAGAGAAAUCAAGGGACUAAGGAAUAAACCAAAGAAAACAGCGCAUGUGAAACCAGACCUCAUAGAUGUUGAUCUUGUAAGAGGAUCUGCAUUUGCUAAGGCAAAACCUGAAAGUCCUUGGACUUCUCUGACUAGAAAGGGGAUUGUUCGAGUUGUAUUUUUUCCCUUUUUCUUCCGGUGGUGGUUACAAGUAACAUCAAAAGUCAUCUUUUUCUGGCUCCUUGUCCUUUAUCUUCUUCAAGUUGCCGCAAUAGUAUUGUUCUGUUCCGCUUCCAGCCCACAUAACAUACCUCUGACAGAAGUGAUUGGGCCGAUAUGGCUGAUGCUGCUCCUGGGAACUGUGCACUGCCAGAUUGUUUCAACAAGAACACCCAAGCCGCCUCUAAGUACAGGGGGGAAAAGAAGAAGGAAAUUAAGAAAAGCAGCCCAUUUGGAAGUGCACAGAGAAGGAGAUGGUUCUAGUACUACAGAUAAUUCACAGGAGGGAACAGUUCAGAGCCACUGUACAAGCACCUCAUACAGCAUUGGAGCUGUCUUCAGAGAUCUUUGGCAUGCUGCUUUCUUUUUAUCAGGGUUUGUAUUUAUUCCAGAUUUUAUAUGGCGCAGAGCACUAUCCCUUUUCUGCCACUUCAUUCUCAGAUCAAAGAAAACCAAGAAUUCAAUUGAUAAAUCAACUGAGACUGACAAUGGCUAUGUAUCCCUUGAUGGGAAAAAGACUGUUAAAAGCAGUGAAGGUGGAGUACAAAGCCAUGAAACUCAAUGUGAAACUAUUCAAUCAGAAGAGACAACCUGGAACAAAGGAACACUGAGGAACAUUCCCAGUAAAGAUACCCAAAGGACAAUAACAAAUGUCUCUGAUGAAGUCUCCAGCGAGGAAGGUCCUGAAACAGGAUACCCAUUACGCCGUAAUGUGGACAGGACUUCUGAGAGCAUUCUUCGGAAUAGAAAGUCACACCAUUAUAAGAAACAUUACCCUAAUGAGGAUGCCCCAAAAUCGGGUACUAGUUGCAGCUCUCGCUGUUCAAGUUCCAGACAGGAUUCUGAGAGCACAAGGCCAGAAUCUGAAACAGAAGAUGUAUUAUGGGAAGACUUGUUACAUUGUGCAGAAUGCCGAUCAUCUUGUACCAGUGAGACAGAUGUGGAAAAUCCUCAUGUUAAUCCAUGUGUGAAAAAAGAAUAUAGAGAUGAUCCUUUUCACCAGAGUCAUUUGCCCUGGCUCCACAGUUCCCACCCAGGAUUAGAAAAAAUAAGUGCUAUAGUAUGGGAAGGCAAUGACUGUAAGAAAGCAGAUAUGUCUGUACUUGAAAUCAGUGGAAUGAUAAUGAACAGAGUGAAUAGCCAUAUACCAGGAAUAGGAUACCAGAUUUUUGGAAAUGCAAUCUCUCUAAUCCUGGGUUUAACUCCAUUUGUUUUCCGACUCUCCCAAGCUACAGACUUGGAACAACUCACUACACACUCGGCUUCUGAACUUUACGCAAUUGCAUUCGGUUCUAAUGAAGAUAUCAUAGUUCUUUCUAUGGUUAUUAUAAGUUUUGUGGUUCGUGUGUCUCUUGUGUGGAUUUUCUUUUUUUUGCUCUGUGUAGCAGAAAGAACUUAUAAACAGCGCUUACUUUUUGCAAAGCUCUUUGGACAUUUAACAUCGGCAAGGCGGGCUCGAAAAUCUGAGGUUCCUCAUUUCCGGUUGAAGAAAGUACAAAAUAUAAAAAUGUGGCUAUCUCUUCGGUCCUAUCUUAAGCGUCGAGGUCCUCAGCGAUCAGUUGAUGUAAUAGUUUCCUCUGCUUUCUUGUUGACUAUCUCAGUUGUAUUUAUCUGUUGCGCCCAGUUGCUUCAUGUGCAUGAGAUCUUCCUUGAUUGUCACUACAAUUGGGAACUGGUGAUCUGGUGUAUCUCAUUAACACUUUUUCUGCUAAGAUUUGUUACUCUUGGAUCAGAAACAAGUAAAAAAUAUAGCAAUACCUCAAUAUUACUUACUGAACAGAUAAACCUAUACUUGAAAAUGGAGAAGAAACCUAACAAAAAAGAGGAACUGACAAUAGUGAAUAAUGUUUUAAAACUGGCUACUAAACUGCUAAAGGAAUUGGACAGUCCCUUUAGGUUAUAUGGGCUUACAAUGAAUCCACUGCUUUAUAACAUCACCCAGGUUGUCAUCCUGUCAGCCGUUUCUGGUGUUAUCAGUGACUUGCUUGGAUUUAAUUUAAAGCUGUGGAAGAUCAAAUCAUGACAAUUCAGAGGAAAGAAGAUGUAGCCUCUUUUCCAGAAUAGAGUACCAACUGAGCUGCCUGGAAGCAGCCCUGACUCUGCUGCAGGGGUCUCAGCUGGGAAACUGAAGUGUUUACAUCCCACUGUCUUGUGCAAUUCUUAUAUUUAUUUUACCUGUUCACUGUUUUUUUUUACAUUUACUUCAGUCUUUAUAUUUUAUUUUUAGCAUUGAUGUGUACUUAAUUGUUGAUGAAAAGGGUGAUAAAACUGAUAUCCAUAUACUUGAGAUCCUGGUAAUUGCUCAUAACAUGAUUGACAAAACAACAAAUCGUGAGAAUCGAAGCCAUUGCUAAGCACUGUUUCUCCAUCAAUGCCAUGAACUUGCCUUACUUGAGGAAAACUUCUUUAACUUUGAAAUAUUGCGGUGGACUCAGCUAAACCCAUAAAGCAUUUUCUUCAGUAAAUCAAGAUCCAGUCAGGGUUUCUCUCAAAUUAUUUUGGAUCAAUGCCAGGAUCUAAACUGAUUAAGCUGCAGUUAAGCACCCUUCAGUAUUAAUAUAUAUAGUAUUACGUAACAGGUCAACAAAGUGCUCUUUUUGAUGAUAAAACUCUUAAUAGAGCAAUAAUUGUAAAUGGUUACCAUACUGUAAGAUAUUUUGAUAAAAAUUUACUAGUAAUAGUAUUUAUUUGAAACACUGGGCUGUUUGCACAGCUCUAACUGUGCAUGCUCAAAAUGUGCACUUUUUAAAAUUGUUACUUUUAAUGCAUAUCUUUAUAUGGGAUAUGUUAUAGUGUACUAGGGCAUGAUAUGGUAUCCUUUUGAGUGAGGUAUAUACUCAUCUCACAGGUGAAGUGCCUAUUGAUAUUACUAAAGUACAUUAUGUUUACUCAAGUAAAAUAAUUUUCUCCCCAUGGUACACUGUAGUGUAUGCUGUUCAUACCACACUCAAAUGAACAACUUUAAGAACCAAUAAAAUACUCCUCUGAUUGAUAGUUAUAAAAGUACUGUAUACCCAAAUUUUCAGAAAAGACAGCUUCAGCUUGCAAAUUUUAUCCUCUAAACUUAAGCUGGUACAUCUCCCUUUCCCCAUCACCACCCAAUUAAUUAUAUAAGGGCUAUUUUAGAUGUUUUUAACCUGGAAAGUUAACCCACCCCCCACUGCCCCCCCCCCGCAAAUAAUUUGCCAAGUGUCCAAAUGAGAACUUAUUGUAUUGGCACCUUAGGUAAAUAGGGCAAAUAUGAUAGUAUCUUACUGGGCCUUGAUUUUGAGUUGUUAUAUUUGUACAAUCAAGAAUAUUUUAGGAAAUAAUUAUAACAUGAAAUGUAUUUGCAAUUUUUUUAAACUGGGCAUCUAGUUUUUAAAACAGGAUUUAUUUGAAACAAUCUGUUUUCUUGGUGCAAGGUGUAUCAUGUUGAAUAUCUUCACAUUUUUAAACAUUUUAGGGAAUUUAAAAUAAGUGUAAGUGAUUUAUUUGAUUGGUGCAGUUUUAAUCCCUGAAUCAUCAUUUUAAGAUCAGGAAUGUGUAGAGAACAGAGCCAUGUCAUGAUGUCACUUUGCUCUUUCCAUUCCUUUUGAUCAGCCUCGAUUCAGCCUCUGUAGUAUAUUUUCUUUCUGUAGGAAACAACAAAAGCAAUUGUGUUUUAUUUGCCUAUGUUCUAAUAUGUUUAAAAAUGACCAAAGUGCAUUCUGAGUUUUUUCAAGGAAUGUAUUAAUGGAGCUUUAAGAACAUACUUAUUUUCUCAUGUGAAAAAUUAGGCUUUGUCUGAUAUGUUUCUUCCUCUAUUGUCUAAUGUUGAAGUUGUUUUUAGGAAUUAUAUUUUAUAAACUUUUUCAAAAUAAGGUACAAAGCUAUUCAGAACUUAACAUUUUGCACAGAAUAUGUCAAAUAUAUUUUGAGGAAAAAAGUACAGCAUGAGUUCUGUUCAGAAUAAAAGAAGAAACUAUUGUAUCUCACAAAAAAACUUAUUUCAGAAUGGAAAUAUUUUUGAGAAAAGUAGCUGACUAUACUGAUUUAGGGAAGUGCUUGUUUUGGAUUGAAGUUCAUUUUAACUUGGAGUUGGGAGUUGACUUAACUGUGUACCAUAUACCUCUCAACAACUUAUUAAUAAUAUGUUGAGUUAUUUCACUAAUGUGGGCUACCGUAAAAUACUAAAGGGAAAAAGUUGUCAUUUUAAGCAAUUUCAGAACAUUAAUGAACUGUUUUCAAAGCAGAAAAAUUGACAUUGCUGCCUUUUAGAAUACCAUGAAUGUAAGAAAUUAAAAGAAAUUAUCACAUAAUACAAAAAAGGCAGUUCAAAGAUAGAAUUGUGGCAGAUAUUGUGUGUUAACUAUUUCUUUGCCACAUGAGUUGUAUUUGAAAGUUUGAACAGCAGGUUUAAAAUAAAACAUUGUAUGACUGACAGUUAAACUAGAGGUGUUUUUUAUUUAUUUUCAAGUCAUAUACAUUUCUAUGAUAAUUUUGUUUGACUAUAGCAUAAUCUUUAGUUAUAGCUUUUUGGUUUGAAGGGAGUGGAAAUAAAUUUUUUAAAACUUA